UUCUUGGAGAGACAGAGAAGAUGAUUGAGGCGAGAUGAAAUCGAGUGAUGUCGUGUCGCUGCAUCAGAACCAAAAACUCCCGCAUGAAAGAUUAUGUGAUUUGUCGAUCGCAUCAAUUCGGCCCGUCGGUACGAAAAAAUAAAAGAAACUGAAGCAGAUAACAGAAACAGGAGCAGACCUUACAUAUUUGAUAGAUCAUCAGAUCAACGUCAAGUCGUAACGAGGCUGUAGUUAUUUGUAUUUCAUCGACGACGAACUAAGAUUAAGAAGCUUGCGCUACAUUGUAUUUCAUCGACCUUUGGCUCCAAACUAGGUAUGGAAAAUGUAGAAAAGUUUCAUACCUAUAAAGUACUAGCUAGCACGGUCGGGCACUGGUUACGAGCACGAUGGCGAUCAUUCUUUGCAUUUUUUGGCGUCCCCACUAGCACGGUCGGACCGUGUUAGCGGGGACGCAAAAAAAGCAACCCCGCUGGUUGCCGCGCGCUUUUAGAACCUCUGCGGGCGAAAAAGUGAAUAUAUAUCCAAAAAAUGAGCCGCAUAUUUCGAAACUGGCCCGCAUAGGUUCCAAAAGCACGCGGCAACCAGCUGGGCUGCUUUUUUUGGCGUCCCCACUAGCACGGUCGGACCGUGCUAGUGGGGACGCCAAAAAAAGCAACCCCGAUGUUUGCCGCGUGCUAGAAGUGCCUAUGUUGACCAAUUUCGAAAAUAUGCGGCCCAUUUUGAAAAUAUGCGGCCCAUUUUUGGGGUAUAUAGGUAUGAAACAUUUUGCAGUUUUCCAUUCAUACUCCAAACAAAAACUCCGUAAAGAUGAAUUUGAACUCGGAGCUGGAGCCCGGCGGGACGCUGUUUGGUCCGCAGCGUCCGUCGCUGGAAGUGCUGAAAGACGUGGCGGAGGACGCGUCCCGUGUGGCUUCCAACCCGAUGGAGUAUCAAAUGUAAAAAUGUCUGGGUCUGGAAGAAUCCGAAAUUUGUUAUGCUGUUUUUGCAUGACACAGAAUGUCUGUCAUGGAAGCCCUAGCAUCACAGAUUUUCAGAGGCCUUCCUGAUGCCUAUUCCGCAUGACAAAUGCCCUCCACGCGUAGCACAAACCGGACUCCACCUCUUGCUGGUCAUGCAACACAGAAUUUUUUAGAGUCCAAAGGUAACAUCACAAGUUCCAACUUUCCAGACCCAGACAUUUUUGCAAUCCAUAUGGAGCUCGCCAACCUGAAUUCCUCCGAAACGGUCAAGUACCAGAAGCUCGCGAAAAACCAGCAAAAGUACCUCGGCUUACUGGCGGAGAAGUACCCGGAACCGGGGCUGAUGGCGAAGCCGGACGGCACGGAGGUCAAAGACCGGAAAUUCGCGGGAACGGUGACCGCGGGGGACAAACUGUCGUACUUUUCUUUCCCCGGAACCCCCAUGUACUGGACCACGGAGCGGAGUGGGAAGUCGAAACUGGGCGUCACCAGCCCGCCGGCGUCGUGGUGGUUGCAGAGGGAAGCGGCGCAGCGGUUUUGGGAGUGGCUGCGCCCGAUGGGGAGUUCGGAUCGGGUAUAAUACUAGGAUUUUUUUUCUUUUUGGUCAUCUUCAUCCCUCACUUAUCAUCCAAAGGCAAGGAAGAGAAUCAGAAACAGAAGAAAUAUAUAACAUGAUUAUAGCACUUCAGUAUCCUGCUCUAAGUGGUCUCAAGCUAAACCACAAAUCGAUAUUAGAACGGCUCCGUCCGGGGUCCGAAGUUGCAGAUGCUAGUGAACAUGACAUCGAUGACCGGUGUGGGCAAGUGGUGGCCGGACAUGCCGACCAGCGAGUCGGAUCUGAACCGGCAUCGAGGCUGGUACGCGUCCAAGUGGGUAAUGGACACGCAGCCCAGUAAGUUGGGAAAAUCAGAGUUUUUGGAGAUAGAACGAACUACAGGUGCGCCUGAUCGGAGUAGUUCUUCUGGCGAAGAAUAUGUAAGAGACCGGGCGGAUUAUUCUCGGGACACCAGCAGGAAUCUCCCACAGCGUCACAGACACCGGAUAAGAAGCACGACUUCAACUUUCCUCGACACGUCUUCAGGAAUAGAUGGAUUGACCGCCACGAUUGAAGGAUCGACAUCAAGUGCGCGGCCGUGCACAACGGGCUUCUACGCUGGCGUUGUUGUCGGAACAGGACCGGCGACGUCGUCUUCCUCCUCAUUUUCCCAUAAAAAUUGCCUCCAUGCCCGUGCCUGUUCCACUUCCGCCCAUCGAGGAAAUUAUAACGUAAGCCAUCAUCUCGAGGAGCAGCAGCAGCAGCACUAUCGAGAUAUUAACCAUCGCCACGUGAAACCAACGACCUCUUUUGGGAUUUUUUUCAAGAACCGUGACAACACCGCCCAUCCAGCGGUUGGCGAGGUCUCGCCCAGCUACUUGAAGCCGGCGAUUCCCUGGGUCACGCGGGACCAAAACGGCGUCAACUCGGAACAGCACGACCCGGAAUCGCGGGAGGGCGAGGUGCAGUCGUAUGAGCGGGAUUUUCGGAAGUACCGGGACCCUUGCAAGUCCGGCGUGCGGCAGGCUUUAACGCCCGAAUGCGCCGUGGCGGGCACGUUGAAGCAGGUGAAAGGCGGCACGGAGCCCACUCUAGAGCAGAACGGCGAUGAGAAAUCCGAGACGACGGUGAAGAAGCAGGAGCAGAAAAAGCGAGGUUUGAUCAUGCGGGCGCUCGGCGGGAUUGCCAACAUGUUGAAGUCCACCGCGAAGAUAUCAAACAAAAAAGUGUUAACGUUAACGGUUUCCACAGAUGGCAGUCAUGCAUUACAAAUUUUGCCUUCCAUGCAUGCUACGCAAUACAAAUUUUGGCACCUUUUCUGAUGCAUUCCUGCAUCACAAAUUCCAUUCUGACCCUAUGCCGCUCCAGCGCCUGCGGAGGCUUGCUUCCUCAGUGAUAAUGGACAAUGGCAAUGUCGGUGCGGUUGUUUUAGCAUCACAAAUUCCGUUAACGUUACCACUUUUUCGUGUGAUAGAAGAAGGAUCCGCCGAUAACCCAGGCGGACUUCUUCCGGCGUUACUCCAUGAGGAGAGGGCGGCAGUUUGAACCGACGAAUCCAGUGCUCGACGAGGAAGUGUACACGACCUACGCCGACGAGUGGAAGAAGAAAGCGGGCGAGGGGAUCCCGCUGGAUAAAAAGCAAGUGGGGAAAACCGUGAACAGUUAUGGAUUGUAAAAAUGUCUGGGUCUGGAAGAAUGGAAGGUCUGUCAUGCUCUGCCAGCAUGACUUCAAAGUCUGUCAUGCACGUUACCCAAGAGCCCCGUGCUUUUGUCAUGCAGAAACGCAGUUUGUCAUGCAGAAUAGGCAACACCUCGAAGCUCAGAAACUUGUCAUGCUGAGCCAGCACUUGUGGCCGCCUCAUGAUACGCCAACCAGCAUCACAAGUUUCCAGACCCAGACAUUUUUACAGUUGAUAACAGUAAAAUGAAGAUGGUGAAGGACAUUGCGCAGAAAACGAUCAACGACACGGUGGGGGUGGUCAAGGGGUUGAUGGGCAUGUACGAACCGUUAUGCAAUACAAAUUGAAAUUUCCCGUACAUGUACAAGAUGCAUCACAAAUUUCGCCAAUUUGGAGCGUAAAACUUGUCAUGCUAAACUAGGACGAUCGAAGCCAAGUUUUGUCAUGCAGAGACCGCAUUUGAUGAUGAUGAUGAUGAUGAUGAUGCAGAGACCGCAUUUGUACGUGUACGGGAAAUUUACUGUGGAUAACCGUCCCGGGACUACAACGAGGACGUAACCCCGCCGAUCGAAGAGCCGCUGCAGGAUCCGGGGAGGAUCGACCGAGUGGAUAACGAGUACCAGAACGUGAUCAUGUCCACAGCCAAAGACCAAAUGUACAAGGACGGGUACCCGAUCCCGAACGGGGUCACGCUGGACCCGGAUCUGUUCAACAAAAUCGACAUCAACCCGAACGGGGAGGUGAGCGGGAAAUCUAUGUUGCCACGGGACGUGCCGCAUUUGGUCGCUUCCCGCUGGCAGCCGUACGGGCACCCGAUGCAAGUGGUCAACAACAUGAUGAGCUUCCCGCCGGGCCCGGGGCCGGGGAAGAUGGAGCCGAAGCCUGCUGAAGGAGGGGCUGAUGCAGAACCAGCGCCGACGAGUUUGAACGCAGGGGGCGCAGCAGCAGGAGCAGAUGCUGCUGACGCAGGAGAGAUGAAUUCCCACGGAGGGUACGAGUCCCUCCCCGCAGUGACGCAGGAAUGCGGUCCGCGGCCGACACCGGCGGAAGGGACCACGGGAGAAACGGCGGGCGAAACGGGGGACUCUCCCGGCACCCACGAUCCGGUGCUAGAUGAGUGGAACAAGUGCGCGAAAAGGGAGUUUAAAAGGGAGAAACUGAUGACGGAGCGAAAGCACUUGAAGUGCGGGAACCCGCCGCCCGAGGCGGGGUACAAGUUAGAAGAGCCGGCGUAUGAGAAGUGUGCGAAGGAGGCGGGGGACGAAGCGUCGCAGGAGUUUUACGACCAAGAACUGGAGAGAGACGUGACUGAGAAAGCGGAGGCGGAGAACAAAGCUUUGCUAGAAAUGCAGAAGUCGGAGGAGUUGUACGGGAAUUUAAAGCCGCCAGACGAGGAGGAGGUCGAGGAGCAAUUGGCCCACUUAGAAAAUGAAAUCACCGGCGGGCCGGAGUUUUCUCUCCCCCUGAAGCGGAUAUCUGAGGAAAAAAAGUACGAGAUCGCGAUGCGGCGGGCGACGCAGAAAAACGCGCUGCAAAGGCUGUUGCCCGACCACGUGAUGACGCCCACGGCCAAGGGCGAGAUUCAGCUGCACCCGCCGCCCAUCAAGCCGGGUUUCGAGCAAGACGCGAUUUUGGCGCAGCGCAGGGACGCGUUGGUGAUGGACGAUAAAUAUCUGCGCGACUCGCACAUCCAGGACGACGAAAAUGAGUUGGGGAACAUCGCGAAAAAAAUGAGUCACACCGUGGCCGGGGACGACGACACUUUUGUCAUGGAGGGAAUAGAUGACCGGAAAGCAAAAAAGCCGAAGAUUGAUGCAGGUAGCAGUGAGGACAAUGAUGGAAAUAGUAUUAAAGACCACUCUAAAAGAACAAGCACAUCAUCAUCAACCACCUCCGAUGAGGACGGUGCUGCGGAAAAGAAGGAAGAAGCGGAUUCCUGGACUUCAUUUUGGAACAAGGUCGGGUUCGAGCAGGGGGAGCAGCAGAUGAAAAGGCUUUGGGAGCAGUGGAAGCCGUACCAGGAGCCGGAAACGGUAUCCGAAGUGGAGAAAGACAUCCACUGGCCGCGGACGAACAGUUUUGACGCAAUCCGGGAAGACGGGGGGUCGAUCCUCUUGAACAAAUACCGGAAACGCUUGGAGAGACAGGUCGGAGCGGUGAGGCCCGGGUACAAGAAGUGGAAGCUGUCGGAGAUUCUGUAGGAUUUAGAUUUCUGCUGGUUCAUCAGAAGGAUUAUGCGGAUUUUUGUAGAAUGCGAUCGUCGUGUAAUAUUUCUGAUAGUUUCAAAGAAAUGUCAUUUUUCCUCGUGUGGGGAGCUUGAAUGAAUUAGCGAGUUUGAGCAGGACUUCAAAUGCCAUAGACCGUAAAUCAUGUUCCGUAAAAAGGAAAAUGUUCUUCGUAUGAGUUGCUGUUUGUUUUGCGGCCCGCACCCGCUCAGUGCAGAGGCAGCGUAAAAUUUUGCGUUUACGACACGUCCUGCGCAAGCCGAAGCUGCCGGAUAU